GAGCUAGACCUCCUCGGAAGGUCCGUCACAACAAAGGGAGGAUUUUAACUGCUUGUUCUGGCUUUCCGUCUUUAAAUCCACGGUUCUGGUGCAUGAGUCCGGUUCCGAUCUGAUCAUGAGCAAAGAAUACCAGCUGAGAGCCGCCAUCAACCAGAAGCUGAUAGAGAUGGGAGAGAGGGAGAGGUUGAAGGAGCUCCUCAGGGCCAAACUGGUGGAGUGUGGAUGGAAGGACCAGCUGAAAGCUCACUGCAAAGAUGUGAUCAGAGAGAAAGGUCUGGAGCACGUCACGGUGGAGGACCUCGUCACAGAAGUGACGCCCAAAGGCAGAGCGCUCGUACCGGACAGCGUGAAGAAAGAACUCCUGCAGAGAAUCAGAGCCUUUCUGGUUCAAAACACGCCGCUCUGAAACCCCGCCCCCCGCCUGAUGCGACCAACACUUGAAAGGACUUUUUAUUUGAUAUUAUGUGUUUUGGUAUAAAUGUGAUUCGUUUUGCUGCUUUUUUGGCAGAAAACCAAUAAAGCCUUCUGCCUGCCGCCUGUCUGGACUCGCGCCGAUCCGUCUUUUCUGUCAGACAAGCUGAUGACAGACGUGUUCCAGAAAUAAAGACAUAGAAGUUAUGAGAGAAA